GAUGAUGGAGACCUUUCAGUCAGCAGCGGACUCAGACCUUGACCUUUUAGAGAAGUGAGUGUUGGUGCAGCAGCUGGAUGGAUUCGUCCCACCGCAGCAUGAGUCGUGAGGCAACAUGAUCACUGAACCAGUCAUAAACUAGAGGCAUAUAACCAUUUCCUUUAAGAAGACGCUGGUGGUUUCUUUUUUUUCUUUCUUGACAUCAGUGAACAUUAGUCACUUGGAGACUGCACUGCGUGACGCCUGUGUACCCUCCAGCGACUCCUCACCAUUAUUAGGACGGGCACGAACAUGGAAGUAGCGGCGACAUGAAGGGAUGCGUUACAGACAGCUGCCAUAAGAAAAAAUAGAACAAUUAACACACAGGAAACAGGAAGUGUGAUCUGUAUUAUCACAGUUUGUGUGUGUUUGGUGUGUUCGUGUCAGGGAGUGUGUGUUUCAGUAAGGUGCAUGUGGGAAUCUAGGCACCUACCUGGGCUGUUGGAUAAUGUCUCUGAAACUACGCAACUGGGACUUCAGCACCUUCAAAGCUGAGACAGCUCGGAUAGCCCGAUCCAAAAGUGUGAUUCCUGGAGAGGGGGCCCCUGGAUCGAGCUCACCACGCUCCCCCGGAUCCAUGGAGAGGCCCCUGAAGGCCGGCUGGCUGAAGAAGCAACAGAGGUCCUUGGUGAAGAACUGGCAGCAGCGCUACUUCGUCCUGAGAGGCAGCACUCUGACCUACCACAAAGAUGACAAGGAGACCACUGUACAGGGUGUCAUCCAGCUACGAUUCAGCAAAGUCAAUGAACUCCCACCAAGUUCAGAUGACCCUGGAAAGUACCUCUUUGAGAUUAUACCACGUUCGACUGGAGAUCGAGAGCGCUGUCCAUACGUGCUCAUGGCCAACUCCCAAAGUGAUUUCGAUGAUUGGAUCCGAGCAUUACGCAGAGUCAUUGGAGUACCAACGAGUGGAGUUUUUGGAAAGAGUCUCAUAGACACAUUAACAUAUGAGCAGCGCUUUGGACCUCACACAGUACCAAUCCUGGUGCAGAAGUGUGUGGAGUUCAUCACAGAGCAUGGGCUGGAAGAGGAGGGAAUCUUCCGCCUUCCUGGUCAGGACAACGCAGUCAAACAGUUCAGAGAUGCUUUUGAUGCAGGAGAAAGGCCGUCCUUCCCAAGUGACACAGAUGUCCACACGGUGGCGUCGCUGCUCAAACUGUACCUGAGGGAGCUUCCUGAACCUGUGGUACCAUGGUCUCAGUAUCAAGACUUCUUGGACUGCACUAACCUGUUAGACCCCAGCGGCAGAGAGGGCUGGGAAAAACUGGAAAAACAAAUAGCUCUUCUUCCCAGAGCCAACUACAACAUUCUCCGUUAUGUCUGUCGGUUUUUAUUUGAGGUGCAGCGACAUUCCAAUGUGAAUAAGAUGAAUGUGGAAAACCUGGCUACUGUGAUGGGAAUCAACCUGCUGAAACCUCAGAUAGAAGAUCCGGCCACUGUUAUGAAGGCGACUCCUCAGAUCCAAAAGAUGAUGACUGUGAUGAUUAGACAGCAUGAAACCUUGUUUCCUAUCUCCAAAGAUGUGCAUCCAGCAUCCCCUUCAAAUAAGACUGAAGCUCAGAAAAAUGCCCCUCGAAGCUUUGUUGGUUGGGAGUCUGCAGAGCUGGGAGAUGCAUCUAUGUCUGAGUCUCCAGAAGAGGAGGAAGACGCUGAUAGUCCAGGACCACUAAGAGGUGAUUUCAGCCCCAAGGCAGCCCUGCAGGAGUCUUUCUCCCCUUGCUCAGAUGAUUGGUCUGGAAGUCCUCGCAAGCGCACCCAGACCCUCCCCACAUUCAACUGCCCCCUCACUGGGAUGGCAGCCAAGGCGGAUGCUCUCAACAGGUGGAGCCGCAUCAGUGAGAGCGGAGAGGAGAAGGGCGGAACUUUGUCUGAGGAUAUUUUUAAAAUUCUUGAUCUGCGGACGUCAGGAUCAUUUUUUAGAGAAUCUAACAUGAAUACCAAAGAGGGGGAGAAUAGAUUAAGUGAACGAAGGGGGAGUGACAACACAAGCUCUUCCAGUGCUGCCUCCCAGAAACCUGAGAGUAACCUCCAACCUGCACGGGAGCUGUCUCAUCAGAAGAGUGUGGACAGCCUGAUGGCCAACAGAUCUGUGCAGCAGGUCAACAGCAAGGCAGAACAGAAGGAUAACCCUGAUCAGCUUGAGAAGACCUUGAAAGAACAGAACAAGGAGCUGAAGGCCACUGUUGCAGAACUCCAGGCUGCUCUAGAGGCAGAGCGCCGCCGUGUGGCUGCUCUUGAGAUCUGUUUGAAGAAUGCAGAACGCAGCAAGGAAGAAGCCCAGAGACGCAAUGACGAACUGCAAAGAGACAUUCAGCAAUUCCUUGUUAAGGAAAAAAAACAAGCCUCUACUUAAAAUGAGGUUCUUUAGAAGUCUGUGUAUUUAUGAGUCUGAUAACUUGAACAGAACUAAUUUAAAAUAAGCAGUUUGUCACUGUUGGAAUAUUUUUUCAUUUCUGUGGGAGGUAGAAGAUAAGUUAUUGGUUCAUAUGCUUAUGCAUCUGAGAUUAGUCUAAUGUCAUUGCUCUGGAUUCAAUUUGAAUUCACUUCAGACACUCUUGUCUGCAGGAGCAUUUACACAGAGUGCAAAGGAGGGGAAGAGCCACACUGGGAAAGUAUGAAAAGAACUUUGAAAAUAAUGACUGAACAACUCAUAUUCUCUGAAAACAGAUUACAGUAUCAAAGUCCUGGGAGAGUCAGAUGGAUGACAUAAGAUAUCCAUCUCUGUUACCACAAGUGAGAGAAAAGCACAAAUUAAAGUCAAAUAAUCUUCCAGCUGCAUUGAUCUGUAGCAACAGACGUGAAGAUAAGUUUGAAUGUAUUUGUUUUACAAAUUAUGUGCAGAUAGAAAAUUGACAAAUCCAAAAAAAGGUACGAUUACAGCAAAAUGAAAGAGAAAACUGGAAUGAAGCAAUGUAUCGUGUAAGAAAAGAGCUAACUUGCAUAGUAAAAAAAAGUUAAUAAAAGUGUUAAACAUUAAUUUACAUUUA